ACAAUUAGUGAUGAAAUCAUCCAAAUUAAAGUCUGAUUUUGAAGUGUGAAACCUCCUCCCUUCAGCAGAUGGAUGUAGAAAUGUGUCAAGCUCUGCAGAGACAUUGUGCACGGUGAGGAUCAAACAUCUAAGUGGACGAGUAACAAGUAAAACACAUUUUGCCUGGUUAACACAUCCGUGUUAAAAUAGAAAACUAAUUGAAAAAAGAAAAUAAUUUGUUUAUGAAAAUCUAGCCAUGGGCAUAAAAUUGAGGAAUCACCUAUAAAAAAAGACUUAUCAGGGAAAAAAAGGUACUGCUGUGUUCAAACACAAUGCAAAGAAAUAUAUAAGCGGAUAUGAUAACACAACUCAUUACAUUCUUUAUAAAUACUUUUACUGUGGAGCCGAACUCUACACACGCAGAUGGGUUCAUUUCUCUUGUAUUCAUCCUCAACCAACUGUACACCGCCCGUCUCCUGCUGAGAGGGUGGGUGGGACUGUGCAGUGUCAAAUUACCCUUAAAUUAAAAGACCUGCUCAACGGCCCCCCACUGCCUCUGCACCUCCAUUGGUGGAAGCCAAACCGCUUCGUGCAACCAGCACGUUUCCUGCAGGCAAAUACUUUUUCAAAGAGGAAAUGACAUCACAGCACCAAGGCUAGCCACAAAAAACAAAACAAAACAAAAACACUGGAAAACAGAUGAGGACAAAAUGUCUCUCAGAUGUCUCUUGACUUCGGGUGGCGGAACACAGUUCACCGUGUGACGCAACAACCCACGAGGCAAAAGCAUCCGACCGUGGCUCAGCUUUCGGGUGGCACAGUGAAGUAUGUCGGACGGACAGAAAGACGCUCCACGAGACACAACUUGUCAAAGUGGAGCUGCAGUUUUUUUCUCAAACCCUUUGAUGAGCGAUCUUGAAUCAGACUGGUCCCCAAUCCACGAAGCUGCCUUUAACGGACGAGUCCUCACUCUGCAGAGACUCAUUGCUCAGGGUACGUGUGUUAAUCUGAACACCCUGGACCAGGUGUCCCCCCUCCACGGAGCAUGUUUACAGGGCCACGUGGCCUGCGCCACGCUGCUGAUGGAAAAUGCAGCAAAUGUCAACGGUUCAACAGUUGAUGGACAAACCCCCCUGUCGGAGGCUUGUGCCCGUGGUCAUGUGACCUGCGUGUCGCUGCUCCUUCAUCACGGGGCAACUCCUCUGGGGAGCACACCAACCAGCUCUCCAAUCCACAGGGCUGCAGCCAAAGGUCACCCGGAGUGCAUCCAGCCUCUGGUCGAGCACGGCGCGGACGUAGAUCAGCACAUCGCCCAAUGCGGCUCCCCCCUCAGCGUCGCCUGCUCCAACGAGCAUCUGAGUGCUGUGAGGAAACUGCUUCAACUCGGGGCCAGCGUGAACGGCGCCGUGUCCGGGGACUCGCCGCUGCACAUCGCCGCCGGCCUGUCCAACCCCGAGCUGGUGUCGGUCCUGCUCGACCACGGGGCCGACCGCGGCCUCAGGAACUCGGAGGGCAAACAGCCGGCAGACCUCGCACCCCCCAACAGCCGGGCACAGAGGCUGCUGAGACAAGCGGGAGCAUCUAAUAAUCCGAAUCCAUAAUCCCGCCCAGGAGCGUCUCCUCUGAUGCAGCUGUGUCGGCUGCACAUCAGGAGAACUGUGGGCAAGCAGAGACUGGGAGGGAUUCAAGACCUUCCCCUUCCUACAGAAGUGAAGCAGUAUCUUCUCUACCAAUCCGACCCGGCGGGAGAACCAGCGCACUGAGUAACUCCGGAUGUCACGGUCACAUUGUGAGCUGUAACGUCUGGGUCAGCAGGGGGUGCACUUGCAUUAGUUUGCAGGGAGGAGACACCGUGGCUCGUAGUUUGUAAUCCACCUCCUGCUCUGUUUCACAUUUCCAAACCAACAAACUGAUUCCUCGGAUCAACCGGCACUUUUACGUGGAAGACAGAGACCGUUUUUAUCGUCUGAAAAUGUUGUUAGAGAUGCAUACAUCAAUGGAGACAUUUGAUUACUAUGAAAUAAUAUAUAAUUCUACUGGAAUUAUCACACCUAAAUAAUGAAAAGAUUUAAAGAUAAGUAUCAUGAUUUUAUCUGUUAAAUAGAGCUGGAUGGCUGCAAAGAGAACGGAUAGUGACUUUAACACAUGAAAGCUGAGUAGAGAUCAUGCAACGGAGCCGGUUUUCUGUCCUUUCCUCACAUUUUUCCUUUCAUUUUAAAUCGGUUCUCUUUGAGUUCAAAAUGUGUUGCUUUUAAAUUGUAAAUCAAGAAAGGAAGCAUCAGUAAAAUUAUAUUAAAUUCGUAUUAUCUAGUUGUACUUACA